AUGAUAAACAGUUAUUUGUGGAUAACAGCUUUACUCAUUAUUCAUGUCCAAUGUCAAAGAGAAUUGAUCAAAUCAAAUAAAUUAAUAAUUGGUUCAUUGAUUGAAACAAAUUAUUGGAGUUUAUAUCGUUAUCCUAAUCAAUCAACUGUUUGUGAUCAAUUUAUAAAUUCCUAUUAUUUAGAUGAUUUAAAGGAGACUACAAGAUCAUCAGUUCUUUCUAGUUCUUCAUCAUCAACGAGCACAUUGGUUGAAUCGUCCAUGCCAUCUUCUUCUUCUUCCACAUCUCCUUCAUCAUCAUCAUCAUCAUCAUCAACAUCAACAUCGUUCUCUGAGGGCGCUAAUCGUUGGGAUCGUAAUAAACCAACCAAUUGGAUGAAUACAAUUGAAUUUGAUCCUAUUGGAUUGAUGCAAUUACCGAAACAAGAUAAAUCACAUCUAUACGAUUAUAAUCAACGUUUAAAAACAGCAUUACGCAAUCGACAACCAACAUUAUUCACAUUCACUAGUCCAUUAUAUCCUGAUAAAUAUCCACCAAAUAUUGACUGUAUUAAAGUUAUUAAAGCCUCACAAGAAGAUCAACAAAUUGUUCUGGAUUUUCGUGGACCUUUUCAAUUUGAACCAUCAGCUGAUUGUAUCAAUGAUUAUUUGGAAGUACGUGAUGGUGAAUAUGGAUUCUCACCGUUAAUUGGUCGAUUUUGUUCAGAUAAUCGUCAAUUACAUUCAAUUAAAUCAACUGGUCAAUGGCUACGAUUACGUUUUCAUUCAGAUUUUAGUAUUGAAAAAGCUGGAUUUCAAGCUGUUUAUUAUUUUCAUAAAAUGACAAAUAAAGAUGAACCAUUACCACAAAAACCAAUCAUUCCAACCACAAUUAUUAUCGAUAAUGAAUUCAUAUUCGAAACAAUAAAUUUAAUGAAACUGUGGGAUGAUUACACAGAGAAAUUAAUCAAAACUAAAUCUCAUCCAAUCGAUCGAUCGAUUGAAUUUAUUAUUGAUUUUCGAACAAAUCAAAGUGAUUUGAUGCUAAUGAUUCAUUUGAAAUUUGUCAAAUUUCAAAUAAUCGAUUCAGAAUGUAAAAAUAAUCUCAUUGAAAUUUAUGAUGAAUUCUUUAUAUCACAUCAUGAUACAAUCUUACCAAUUCCAUCUGUAUUAUUUAAAAAAAGUAAAACUCGUCAAAAAUUUAUCAAUGAACAAUUUACACCAAAAAUAAUACAAGCAUGUAAUCGACCAUAUUUAGAACCAUUUAUACAUAAAUUAGGUCGUGGUAUUGUACGCAUACUGAUAUCACCGGAAUUACACUCAACCGAAUCGGUUGAUGAAGAAUAUACAACACAUAUAAACACAACGAAACCGAUUACAAAAUUACCUGAAAUUAAAAUUAUUGCUACAGUACUUAAAAAAGCUCUUUGUGAAGAUGAUUGGGUGCCUUGUGUACAACCAACAGAUUAUAUUGCUUAUAAAGAAUAUUUCAAUUUAACUGUACGAUCAAGAAAUUCUGACAAACAAAUCAAUAAUAACAAUAAUAACAUUGAUCAGAGUAAUGUUGAUAAACAAAAUGUAAAAUUUGUCAAAUCUCAUACUACAAAAUCACCAAUUAUGACAACUGUAAAACAUACAAAACUAAUUACAAAUCCUAUUGUGUUACAACAUCAUUCAACAUUGCCUAAAAUAAUUUAUUGUUUGUCAUCAAAUUUAAUUUGUAACAAUCGUAUCAAUUGUCCAAAUGGUGAAGAUGAGAAAAUGUGUCCACGUCCACCAGGUGGUUUAGAAGCAUUUGAUAUGCCUGUACAUAAACAUGAUUCAAUAAUAGAUGACUUAUAUAUUCAAACAACUGAACAAAUGUCAACAACCGGAAAAUUAGAUAGUUUAUCAUCAACCACUGAAGAUGAUGAUGAUGAAUUUCGUCAUCAUACACCAAUUAUCGCUGGUCUUUUAGGUUUUUGUGCUAUUUGUGGUCUUAUUUCAGCUGGCAUUACUUUGGUGAAUCGAUCGAAAAAACAGAAACAUCCCAAUUUUGGCAGUGUUUGUAAUAGUAUUCUAUUUGAAUCUGGCACAUCAUUGAUUACAGCAUUAGACUCAUCAAGUUCAUUGCCUAAUUUAAAAUCGUUACAAAUUAAUGAUUGUAAAUGUGAAACAAUGAAUUAUAUGGAUGAUUUAAAUCAAAAAUCUCAAUAUAAAGAAUUACCAUUCAAUGUUCAAAAUGUUACUACUAUAGGGAUAUUUAUGUCAACGACAACAUUAACAACUACAACAACCAAUGUAACUGAUACAUUAAAACAAGAUGAUAAUAAAUCAUUACAGACUUCAUCAUCAAAAUGUACUUAUUUAAAGUGUAUAAAUGUAUGUUCAAGUGACAAUAUAAAAACGCCAACUUUAAGUAAACAAAUAAAAUCAACAGUUGGUGAUAAUGAUGACGACUAUGAUAAUGAUGAUGAUGAUGAUGAUGAUGAUGAUGAUGAUGAUGACGAUGAUGCUGAUGAUGAUGAUGAAGAGGUUGACAAACAAGAACAAACAAAUAAAAUUGAUCAUUCAAUAAAACAUAAUUUAGAAUCAACAACUAAUGGUUUAGCUGAAAUAUUUGAUCGUGCCACAAAACCUUUAGGUUAUAUACAUAAAUUAGAUUCAAGUCCAUCAUGGAAUCAAGUCAUCAAUCAUCAUUCCAAUACAAUACAUCAAUUAAGAGAAACACAAAAAACAAGAUCAAUGCAUAAUUCAUACAAUUUAAAUGAUUAUCCUACGAAUCGUAGUCUUGGACAAUUACCAAAUACACUAGUUAUACCUGUAGAUAAAUUAUCAAAAAUUUGUCAUUCUUCUACAAUGAAACAAUACAAUAUGCCAAAAUCAUAUUUUAAGUCAAAAGUUAGUCGUUCAGAUCCUUUUUCUUUAAAAGAACAGUCAAGAUUUCAAAACACCAAUGAUGGUCGUCUAAAUCAAUAUGAACAUUUACAAUUUGAUAAUCUCAGACGAAGUUUCUCAGUUCGACCGAUUAAAACAGACAAUUCAGCUUUUACACCUUAUGUUUCAUGUGCCUCAUUAAAACAAGUAACAAUACCAGGUGGACUGUUAGAAUUUAAUUUACAUGAUGGAAAUGAUUUCAAAACUCAUUAUCAAUCACGGCAUAGUUUAGAACAACGUACUUCAGAUACGAAUAUAUUUUCUAUAUUGAACACUGAACACCAGCAACAACAACAACAAUCACAACAAUCACAACUAUGGAAACGUGAACAAAAACGUAAACAUUUUAAAGGUAGUGCACCGAAACGAGCAAAACAUGAUAAUUUCACAUCGAUAGAACAAUCACAAGUACAUUACACUCCAAUACAUCAACGAAUUGGUAUACAACAAAAAGAUUUAUCACAUUCUAUACCAAAAACUCAAUCAAUUUCACGUGAAUUAAUCACUUUAACUAAAUUAAGUCAAUCUACAAGUGGUGAAUUGUUAGAUGCAGAAAAUGUAAAUUGUUCUCAUUAUUAUAAAUUAUGUAGAAAAGAAACUAAAAAUAUUCAACCAUCAAUAAGUAACAUAAUGAAAACAAUGACCACAUUGCCAACAAUAACAACAUUGACAUCAACAACAAUAUCAAUGACACCGAUCACAUCAACUACUACUACUACUAUUACUAAUAAUAAUAAUAAUAAUACACUGAGUAGUAAACAAGAAUAUUAUCAUCAGACAAAAUUAUUUCAAUCAUCAUUAUUAGAACCUUCAUCAAAAACAUCACCAUCACCAUCAUCAACAUCAACAUCAUCAUCAGCAGCAUCAUCAGCAUCAGCAAAUUGGUUAAUAACAACACCAGGUCAAAAACAAUGCAGUCGUCAAAAAUCCAAUUCCCAGCCUCAAGGUGAUGAUGUCGAUGAGUCAUCAUCAUCCUCUUGUUGUGAUUCACAAAAUGACAGUGACAGUGAAACACUUAGUAGUAAUGUGAAUGAUUUAUAUCGUCAGCAUUCCAUAGUUAAAUCUAAAACAUCAUCACUAUCAAGAAAAAAAGAACACACUAUGCAAUCGAUGAUGAAAACAGUGAAACGAAUGAAAUAUGAUCAAUUGAAUUCAACUAAUCAACAACAUCAUCAUCAUCAUCAUCAUCAUAAUAGAACUGGCAAGAAGCAUAAUAAUAAUAAUAAUCAGAUCACAGGCACUAUCGAUAUUAUGAAUACUGAUUGUAAACAAUUUUUAACAAAUCUACAAUUAAUUGAUAAUCCUAAUGAAAUGUUUCAAUGUAAUUGUAAAUUAAGUGCUAAUAGUAAAUAUCAUUUUCCAUCUAGUUAUUCUGUAAUUCAUGAAACUUUAUCCGAUGUAAAAAUUGACGAUAACACUGUUGGAAGUAGGAUGAUACGAAAAAAUGCAUCAUGGAAUGAUAUGAGUUAUAAAAAUGGACAUUUAUACAAUCAUGACGAUGAUAAUGACGAGGAUGAUGAUGAUGAUGAAGACGAUGACGAAUUGGAUGAGCAGAUAAAUGAAAAUACUGAACAGUCUUAUGAAGUGGAUAGUUCUAGCGUUGAACGAGUUGAAGAUUCAAACGGAUUCAUCAAUUCACAGAACAACCAGUCCCCUAAUGCGACUAUAUCACCUGACGGUAGUACAUCCGACGAAUCGCAGUGUCAUUUGAAUAUGAACAAUCAUACUACACCUAUGAAACGAUUUCACCAAACAGCUGUGGUUAUAAUUACUUCUAAAGGUCGAACAGUUCAAUCCACGAACAUAGAAUAGCUAUUAUGAAUUUUUAUUCAAAUGAAAUAUGCCGCAAUGCAGCAAUACUAGACGCCUAACAAACUAAUACUUUCCGUUCCAAGAAAUUUGUGUAUUUAAUGAAAAAAAUUAUUGUUUAUCUUUUUGUUGUCCUACCGG